AUGGUCAGCGCAGCCGAGGACCUGCUCAACCCCCUCCUGGAGGACGAUAUUAUAGAUAAAGGCUAUAUUCUCAGCAUUUCAAUCUACGUUGAAAGAGGGCUUGCUCAUGAUAAGACGCCAAUAGGAAAACAUGAAAGAGCCUGCUUUUGCCAAGGUGUACCCGAUUAUGACAACAUAGUCUCGCUCGAGGCAUCGGGGGACCAAAUCGAGAGGCUACCGAACAUUCGCGAUGAGCAAGGCCGGACCUUGGUGAUGGGUGAGUGA